UCCGUCCUAAACUUUGGGCAACAUGGCCAACCUGAAUCAGAUGGAUAAAGACUCUAAACGAGGUGUAAACUGUCCAGCAACAUCAGAUGUGAUUAAUCGCUCGGUUAAUGGUGAGACUCCGGCUGCUCCGUGUUUAAUCCCGUGUUUUGCAGAAGCGUGUAAGCUGUCAUCAGCUCAGUACUCGUGUUUGGUGCUGCACACUCACCGCAGACAUGUGGCUCUGCCGCCCAUGCACCUGCACAAGAAGAGAACUGGAAUUCAACAAGAACUCAACGCUGAACUCUUAAAAUAUUCUAACAGUUUAAAAGGAGUGCCUUUGGCCUACGACGACAUAAAGAUUAUUGGAGAAUGUGGGGACAUUUUAGAUGACCAAGGCUACAUUCACCUUAACAUCGAGGCAUCUUUUGUGAUAUUUAAACCAAAGAAAGGAGAAAAACUAUUGGGUGUGAUAAAUAAAGUAGGAAUGGGUCAUGUGGGUUGCUUGGUGCAUGGCUGCUUUAAUGCCAGCGUGAUAAAACCAGCUCAGCUGACUGUCGAGCAGUGGAGAGACUCAGGCCUGAAGGUGGGGGACAGUUUGGAGUUUGAGGUGUUUCAGCUGGAUGCUGAUGUGGCUGGAGUUCUCUUGAUCAGGGGAAGAUUGGACAAAUCCAGGAUGCAGGAGCUUGUUGAUUCCUUCAGCAGUACAGACACAGUGGAACAGGGUGAAAACGGGGCAACUGAACCAGCUACUGAACCAGACUUGAACGCAGCUGAAGAAACAUUGGACAACACUGGAAUUUCAAAACAGAAGAAAAAGAAGAAGAAAAAAGACAAAAUGGACAGAGAGAUAACAGAGGACGUGAACAAUAACCAGACAGACAAUGUGUUUACCAACAACGGUAAUGAGAUGGAGAUAGACACCAUUUCCACCAAGGAGAAAAAGAAGAAGAAAAAGGAUAAGACAAGGAAAAUUGAUGAAGAGCUGCCGUGCCCCACCACAGAUCUUCCAAACAGUGACUCUAGCGGCUACAUCAGUGAUAAGAGCAGUAAAAAGAGACAGGCCCAGGAUGUUGAGGGACUCCAAGAUGACAUCCCUCCUGCUAAAAAGAAGAAAAAGAUUAAGUGAUUUAUGAUUUCAUGCUGAUUUGAUGAAUGACAUUUUAACUUUUAUCUGAGUGUGCCUGAUUCUCUGCCAGUGACAAUACACUGUAUGGUCAAAAAUAUUCAGACACCCCUCCUUAUUUUUUAAUUCAUGUGUUUCAGCCACAGCAGUUGCUAACAUGUGUAAUUAAACCCUUUCCAGUUCCAGCAUGAGUGUACACCUGUGCAGAAAGCACAGUCUAUAAAGAGAUGAAGACAAACUUGGUUUAAAGAAACUCCAGUGGCCUGACCUCAGCCCCACUGAACAGUGGAUUGAACUGGAACAUCAAUUAACACUUUAUUGACCAACACCAGAGUCCAGCUACAAAUUCCCGGUUUUAAUGCUGUUUUUAAUGCAAUGUCCAACAAGCUCAUGGUCAGGUGUCCAACUACUUUUGGCCAUAUAGUGUAUAUGAUAAUGCAAUAAAUAAAUAAAUAAAAUAGUGAGUGUCAAUGUCAGUUUGACAUUUUCAUGGCAUGUUGACAACAGCAUGUUGACGCCCCUCAGACAUCCAUUUACAUAAUUUAUUAUAUGAAUCGGUCAGAACACUUGAGUACAAAUUGAAAACAAUUUCUUUGUUUCUAGUAUAGAAUUUUCCUCUUUUGUGGAAGGUCUUCAUGUGCAGUGUUUAAAAAGUGCAAUCACUUUACAUGCUUGUGUGUAAAAUGAACAAUAGCAAAAAGAUUUAAUCUUUACUUUAUUAUUUUAUUGUAGUACAGAAGGAUGACAUGACAUUGAGAGAUGACCAGCAGCUUAAACUUUAGUGAUCACAUUUUUCUACAAGAUAUGGCAUGUAGUAAAGACAAGUUGUCUUUAUCAAAUACAGUCCCCUUUAUUGGCACACUUGGUAAAGAUGAGUAAAAACACAAAUGGCUAUAAGCCUAAUCACUAAGAAAAAAAACAACUUUUAAUAGAUGUAAAUUGGGGGAAAAAAAAUCAAGUAAAUUAUAUAUGUUUAUAUUGCCCCCUUAAUGUAGUUCUUUGUAUAGCAUCUCUUUGCUUAUUAAACAAGCCAUAGGCUAGUGGUUAAGGUACUGGACUAGUAAACAGAAGGUCGCUGGUUCAAGCCCCACCACUGCCAAGUUGCUGCUGUUGGGCCCUUAACCCUCAAUUGCUCAGACUGUAAACUGUAAUGUAAGUCGCUUUGGUUAAAGGCGUCUGGUAAAUGCCUAAAAUAUAAACUAUAAAUAUAAUAUAAAAUAUAACAUAAAUAUAAUAUAAAAUAUAUAAAUAUAAACAAAAUUUAGUCAUCUCUUGUAAGGUUGGACUAUACAAAGCAGGAACUUUGAGACAAUUUUUCUUCAAGUCUCUCUGGAUCAUUCUAGGUUCUUUCAGGCACCUUUCUAUUUAUCUCACCCCACAUGUUUUCUUUGGAGUCAAGAUUGUAGGACUAAGAUGGCCUUGGCAGAAGCUUGAUUUUGUGUUCAAUUAACCAUUUUUGUGUUGAUCUAGACAUACACUUGGAUCAUUGUCUUGCUGGAAGAUCCAAUGACGACCCAUUUUUAGUUUCUCGAUGAUGCCAUGUACCCUAAUUAGGUUCUCACAGUCUUUUGGAGGAAAGAGAACCCAGCGUCUUUUUUUUUUGCAAAAACAAACUAAACCUUCUGACCACAGCAUGCUUCCACUAUCUUUUGGACUAUCUGUGGUGAGCUUGGGCUCUGAGAACUGCAUAGAGUUGAUGUAUGGCUUUCUCUUUGUGUAAAAGAGGCUUUGCAUUUAUUAAUGCAAUGGAAUGGUGGACUGUGUAAAGUGACUGGUUUUCUGUCCCCUCAAAGCUCAUGUGGCUUAAAUAUUACAUUAUUUGCAAUCCUACCUUGAAAAAUAAUUGCCAAUUCUGUUUUGAAGUUUGACACAUUGGUGAGCUACAACUUAUCAUUGCUUGUGAACUGAUCGUUUGGAGGAUCAUCUUUUUAUACCCCAUCAUGAGUCCGUCACAUGUUGCCAAUUCACCUGCUCAUUGUGGAAUGCUGUAAUUUAAAUAUCCUGUAAAUAUUUCUUUAUCAGAAACAGAAACAGGGUUUGUAAAUUAUAGUUGUGCAGACAUCCACUGUUGGCUGAAUGAAUACAAACCUGUGAAUUGAAUAAUAAGACAAAAUUGGAUUGUUGGACAGUGGGUUAUUUCUAAUGAAAUAUGUGAAUUAGCCUUGACACCUCGAUUGAAGUUCCUAUUUCACCAAUAGAGGACAGUGUUGAGUUUUCGGAGUGGUAUUCCAAGUGCAAGGCUUUGUGUACUCGGCUGUGAGCCAGGCUGCUUCAAAUCAGACAGUAUUUAAGUGUUUUCAUGUAAAAUGGUUUGUCUAAUGAUUAAAGACAUAUUUCAUUACAA